CGUAUGUAUUGUACAUUUGGAGAGAGGUGAAAUUUGAUGAACAAGCGAUGUAUAAUUAUGCAGUGUGCAAAGGCAAUUAGAAGAAGAAAAACAAGAAUGGCCAGAGUACCAAACGGUAAAUAUAUAGCGCCGGCAUCACCUCAACCAUACGAAUCAUCUGAAGACAAUGAACCUGACUUUCUGGGCCUUCCACUGUCACAUGAACCAAGUGAAUCUGACCAAUCAUCUUAUGACACUGUUACUGACGAUCGUGAACGAUCUGAUGAUUCAGACGAGUCCUAUCGAGGGCCUCGAGGAAAUGUAACAAUUAAUAGACCAAAUCGACCUCGACCAUCACCGAAAAAGAUUCGAAUCCGACGCGGAGCUCCACCAUAUAUAAAGACUAUGAUAAAAUUACAAAAUUCCUAUAAUUUGUUGAUUCCUCGCUUGCCCUUUCAACGAUUGGUUCGAGAGAUCAUGCAUGAGCGAAAUCCAGAACUUCGUCUUCAAUCAACUACAUUGGAAGCAUUGCGGGAAAGUAGCGAAAUGUUUAUGGUUUCAAUUCUUGAAGAUGCAUUCCUUCUUUGCCUUGAAUGCAAACGUGUUACGGUAAUGGAUACAGACUUCAAGACGUUGGCGGCCGUUGACCAAUCAAGACGCCCUCUUAUGGGUAUCUAAUUAAAUUAUUGUCAAACCA